AUGUCUAUACCAAAUGGAAAUAAGGAAAAGGGUACCGUCAGUGCAGACCAACUCCCGACACCUCUGAGGGAGGAUGAAGUUCUUAUGAUGGAUAUUACUGCCGCUGAAGAAGAAGAAAUCACACAGUGGAAAAUAGCUGCAGAACAAGAAGCUGUAGUAGGGAAAGCAGUUGAACAGAAGUAUAUUGCACAGCAACACGCACAAAUAGAAAACCGGGGUUGGAUGGAACCGAAGUUUGCUGCGAAGCAUAUACCAGCAGGGCCAUACGUUCCAGGACGUACUGAUUUGGAUAGGAUGCCGGAAGCCCCAACUCGCGGAGCCCACCACCGCCGGGCCCACUCUGAGACCUUUUUCCGUUUUUCGGACCUCGAUGACUUCCUUCUAGACGACGUGGCUUCAAACCUUAACUUCGACCUGCCCCCAAACCUUCCAUCCCUCCCUAAUGGGCCACCGGCUCAGCCGGCGUGGUCUAAUAACAGUGAAAGUAGGUCCGUGAGCCACGGGUCCCACUUCCGGAGCCUUUCGGUGGACGCUGACUUCUUUGAGGGGCUUGGGUUUGAUGGGCCGGCGCCGUCGACGGAGGAGAAUAAUAAGGCAGGCCAAGCGAGCGGUGGGCCGAGACAUAGACACAGCUAUUCGAUGGAUGGGUACGGUAGUGCAACGUCGUUUGAGGAGGAUUCUAGUGCAAAGAAGGCUAUGGCAGCAGAUAGACUUGCCGAGCUUGCUUUGAUUGACCCAAAGAGAGCUAAAAGGAUUCUUGCAAAUAGACAAUCUGCUGCACGAUCAAAAGACCGGAAAAUACGAUACACAAGUGAGCUGGAGAAGAAAGUACAGACCCUGCAGACAGAAGCAACAACACUAUCUGCACAGAUCACUAUACUGCAGAGAGACACUACUGGGUUGACAUCUGAGAACAAGGAACUCAAAUUGAAGUUACAGGCUCUCGAGCAACAAGCUCACCUUAGAGAUGCUCUGAAUGAAACAUUGAGGGAAGAACUGCAGCGUCUGAAGAUAGCAGCAGGCCAAAUACCUGCUGCCAAUGGAAACAACAGAGGAACGCGAUCCCCAUUUUCGUCCCAACCACAGGCUUUCAAUCCUUUCAGUAACCACCAGGCACAGCAGCAACAGCAGCAGUUUCAAAUGCCUCAUUCUGCCUCCAAUAACCCCAGCCUAAGUAUGCAGCCUCGACCCAGCUAUGGGGAUUUCAAUCAGGGAGUUUAA